GCCUGUGUAAGUUGCUCACUUUGGGCGUUUUAGGGCUGGUUUCUGUCCCCUGCCUCCCUGGGCAGUGGCUGCUGGUGUGGGAAGGACCGGGAAGCUCUGCCCGUGAGGAUGUGGAGGGGGAAGGAGGAGGCUGAGUGCCACCAGCAUCUUCAGCCCCAUGCUGUCGGAAGGGCUGUCAGGGCAUCUCAGCCCCACUGCUUUCCCAUAUUUGAGGGAUCUGUGGCUCCAGUGGCUUUGCAAGGAUGGAGACCAGCUGAGGGCAGGCUGCUGAGCAGGGCAGGAUGCUAGAACACCCAUGGGAGCCAUGCUCUGCUGGCCCCCAGCAUGCUGGCAGCACUGGCAGUGUGCAGCUGGCCCCGGCGGUCCUCCCUGACCCACAUUCUUGGCUUUUCCCCCCCAUUUUUAGGGUCUGGGUUGCUCAGGGCCGGCUCGCUGUCAGCUGUCAGGCCUCAUCAAGGGGCAGUGAGCAUCCCGUCAUGAGCAAAACAUCCCCGGCUGGCACGGGGCUCAGCCCUCCCGGAAGAGGCAGUAAUUACUGCGCUGAGCUGUGCCGUGAUGUACGCAGGGCCGCAGGGAUGGGGCUGGAGAGGACACAGUACCGGAGGCAAAGGUGCCCCUGAGGCAGCCUGUAUCUGGGCUGCUUUCUAUACGAGGCUGCCUGCAGCCCUGUCCUUUUUUUGCAAGGUCCCAAGCUCAGCUUGCCCACCUCCAGUGCUGCUGUGCUCUGUGAACCCAGCUAACCGUGUCACCCAAACCAGGUGGGAGCACGAUGGUGACAGCGGGGCUGGGAUUUGAAUGCCUGCACAUGGAGAAUAUUACCCAGUAUUGGAUAUCCCCUGGGGGGAUAUUGGGUCGCCUGGAUGUUGCAUGGAUUAUAUGUGCCAUCCCAGGUACCACCCUCAGCUCACCUGCCCGUGCCUCAGUUUGCCCAUCUCUGGAAUGGGCUGAGCAGUGCUUACUCACCCCCUGCACCAAUUUCUGGUCUCUGCCUGAAGGGCUCCUCACUCUGCUAUAUGGCAACCUGUCCCUGGCCCGAUGGAGCUGCCUCAGUGGCUUGUCACCCACGCUCGCAAAAUGUCCUUUGCUUUAGGAUUUUCACUUCCCUGUGCGUGCCCCCUGUACAGCAUCCGGCUCCCUGUGACUGGCUGAGCUGGGGGCUCAGAUCUGGGCUAGCACUGCAGAGCACUUCAUGGGAACCGUGGGGCUGCGUAGGGACUGCAGGCACUUGCAGGCUCGGGAGGGCUCACCCCCAGCAGCAUGGGGACAAUGUCCCCAUUGUCCGCACACAGAGCUGGCCUGGCACGGGACACAGCACUCCGCUCACAGGUGGAAGAUGAUUCCCUGUGUGACAGCAUUGAGCUCAGCUGAGAAAGAUGAUCGCCUGCCCCCCUGGUUAAGGCAGACUGCCUCCAGCCCCUCUCAGUGCUCUGAUUUUCCAUGUGGCUGCUCCUCCUGCUCCUCCGAGAUGCUGCUGGGCCUCGGCUCCUGUUGCAACACCGCAGGUGCCACGUGGCUUCCGCUCUCCCUCCCACUCCGAAACUGCCACGAUUGCUCUCGCUUCCCUCCCCAUCCCGCCUGGAUCCAGCCCAGCCCCACGGUGCCUUCUCCCUGGGAUUUGUGACUUCCUGGUGUGGAUUUGCCAGCUCCAUCGCAGGCUGAGCCUUGAGCAGGAGACCACGGCAUCGCCCAGCUCCCUCCAUGCCUCCGCAGCCAGCAGCAUCUUCAGCGUCCGGCCCCCGCAGCCUCGGGAGAACGUCCUCGGCAUCAGCUUCAAGCCCUACAGCCCCGAUUCCAUCCCGACCCCAGUCCCCUGCACGGCCUGUGAGAGCACACGAUCUUCCAUGUUCAGAGCUCCCUGCAUGAGCCAGCGGCGGCUCGCGCUCAUCUUCUGCGUCUCCGUCCUCAUCGUCCUGAUCGUCGCCCUCAUCCUGCUGUUUAUGUUCUGGCGGUCGCAGACCGGCAUCGUAUACAAAGAACCCGCCGAGACCUGCAAGGACAACCCCGUGCGCUGUGACGGCGUGGUGGACUGCUCCCAGAGGAGCGACGAGCUGGGCUGCGUGCGGUUCAGCUCCGACCAGUCCUUGCUCCACGUCUACUCCAGCGCCGAGAGCCAGUGGCUGCCGGUGUGCAGCAGCGCCUGGGACGAGUCCUUCUCUAGAAAGACCUGCCGGCAGCUGGGCUUCCAGAACGCAUCGCAGACGGAGUACAUCCCCCUGCACAUCUCCGGCAAGAGCCUCACAGUGACGGAUGAGCGGGACACCAUCCAGCAGAGCCUCAACAGCUCCCAGUGUUUGACGGGGAAAUUCGUCUCCCUGCGAUGUACAAGUAAGCGGGCUGUCCAGCAAGGCGUGCGGACAAGGGCAGCCUGUGGGCAGAGGAUUUCGGGCCGAAUCAUCGGAGGGAAGGAAACCUCGGUGAGCAAAUGGCCCUGGCAGGUCAGCGUGCAGUACGGGCCCGUCCACAUCUGCGGCGGCACCAUCAUCGACGCGCAGUGGGUGCUCACGGCCGCACACUGCUUCUUCAUGAACAGCAUGAAGAUCCUCGACGACUGGAAGGUGUACGGCGGGGUGUCGGACCUCAAGCAGCCCAUGGAGGGCAUCCCCGUCUCCCAGGUCAUCAUCAACUCCAACUACAGCGAUGACCACGAUGACUACGACAUUGCUCUUAUGAAGCUCUCCCGGCCGCUGACGCUCUCAGCUCAGGUUCGCCCAGCCUGCCUCCCCAUGCACGGCCAGCGGUUCCAGACCGGCAGGUCCUGCUUCAUCACCGGCUUUGGGAAGACCAGGGAGAAUGAAGCUCUGCAGAAGGUGUGCGAGAAGCAGCAGCUUGCUCCCUCCCACAGCGGGGGGCCGAGGCUGGCCCUGCCCGACGGCUCCUCCUGCCUUGCAGAUAACACCUCCCCAAAGCUGCGGGAGGCUGAGGUCAAACUCAUCGACUACAAGAUCUGCAACAGCGACAAGGUGUACGAGGGCUACCUGACCCCGCGCAUGAUGUGCGCCGGGUACCUGCAGGGGGGGAAGGAUGCUUGCCAGGGGGACAGUGGGGGGCCCCUGGUGUGCGAGGACAACGGCCGCUGGUAUGUGGCUGGUGUGACGAGCUGGGGGACAGGAUGCGGCCAGAAGAACAAGCCUGGGGUUUACACACGGGUGACAAAACUCCUCAGCUGGAUCUACAGCAAAAUGGAGAGCGAGAACAACUGAAGCCAGGCUGGAACCUGUGCAGCGGCACCGGCUGGCACCGGCCCCUCGCUCCCUCUGCCACCAGGGCACGGUGUACCAGCUGCUGUCCCCGCUCCUCCAGGGGACCUGCGGCUGCUUGGACUGUGACAACGCAGCUCCUGCAGAGCACCUCUGCUCUGCUGAGGGCAUGGGGAUGGCUCUGCCUGGGGCUCAGCCUGUGCUGGAUGUGCCCCCUCAGAGCUGCCGUCUUGGCUGUGGCCCCUGACCUGCAAACAGAGGUGUCAGGACCAUGCAUCCUUGAACGGGGGCACGGCCGCCAGGCGUGGGGCUGCUGCCCAUCCCUGCAGCUGGAAGCCAGGAGCAGAAAGCUGCAGGUGCCUGCGGUGAGCGAGCCCCUUCCUGUGCUCGCUGCGGGGACAGCCGAGCUAAGGGGAGCCCCAUGGGGCAGCUGAAGCACCUGCUGGGAGGAGAAGCAGUGGUUGCUCUCACAUUUGCAUAUGAAUUUAGGAAGCGUCUUUUGAAUGAAGUGCUUCCCCAGCAGAGAAGCACACAUUUAUUUAUUUUUCUAUGCCCUGGAAGCACUCACUGCUGGGACUGUGUGCAGCCACUCUCAGCUCCCUGCCUGCCCUGGGCAGAGGUUGGGCAGAGGUUGGGCAGCAGUGCAGGGCUGUUCUGCUCCUGGGGGCAGCAGGACCAUGCUGUAACACGUGACAGAAGCCAGCAGCAGCUGAAGCUCGGGACAGAGCAAGAUUCAGAGUAGCACCCAGCCCCAUGCUAGCCCCAGCAUCUCCCAGCUCCGUGGGCAGUGACUGGUGCCAGAUUUCUUUGUCUCAGGACUGCCUGCAGUCCAUAGAGGACAACAAAUGCCCAUGUCUCAGAGCAGAUGUGCCAAGGCGUGUGCAUGCUGGAUGGAGGCAGGCUGCUGCUUUGCUGAGGCUGUACCCCCAGCUGCAGGGAGUCCUGGCGCUCCUGGCUGCCCCACACUGUUCUCAAUAAAUGUUUCAGUAGUGCUA